AUGGAGUGUACUGGAAGAGAGAGAGCGAACUCACUCACAGUGCCGCUUUGCCCUUCCACAAGUGAGGCCGCUGAGAAUAAACCAGCGAGGGAAUUGUACAGAUUACCGUAUAGCGCCCCGGGAACCCCACGGAAGAAACGAUGUGAGGAUCAUUGUUUUGGUACUGAAGUAUUGGUUUACAAUAAGUGUCCCAAACGUUUAGUGGCUGAAUUGCAAAUUGAGACAAUUUCAACGGGUUGUGCGAGGGCGUUUUUGUAUUCAUGGUAUGCUGUUCUUAUUUUAGCAUUGGCUUUUCAGUCUUUUCUCUCGUUACAGUGGAAAAUGACUAAUAUAUGUGGAGCUGCAGAAGAGAAUCUGUAUCACUUGGAUUCUUGGAAAAGUCCUUGUGUUCAGAAGUAUUAUCAUUCAUCUGGUUUUAUUAAUUGGCCAGAAUAUGCAGUGGGCUCACAACUUUAUGCAGUACCUAAAGUGCUAUUAGAUGGUUCUGCAAUAGAUAAAGAGAAACAAAUUGAAGAAGUAGAAGAUGAUGUUGUUAAUAAUAAUAAUUAUAAUAAUAAUAGUGAUACGCCGCCUCGUUUCUUGUAUAAUCUUCGUUGGGUUGGUACAGGUCACCGAACUGUAUUGAAUGUACAACUCAACCGUUUUGUAAGGGUAGUAUUAAGUAUGGCUUCUCCCCAGGAAAACUUACCAGACGGUUUACAAUGGAAAUGGUAUCCUCUUAGGGUUGCCCUUGAAGAAUCACCGAUAUCUCCAGAUGAUAACAGUAGUAGUGACUCUUCUUCUUCUUCGUAUUCUUAUUCUUCUGAUUGGAGUAGUGAGAGUAAUAGUGGUGGGAGAGGAGAAUCUGGUUCAGUGCCUGCCACUACUUUUCUUUACAAUACCAGUACUCUUUGUCUUCGUUCGAGUCCACGUUGCUCCUCUGUAGUAUUACCAAAAAAUGUUGCUGUAGCUGCAAAUGGUUCUAAAAUAACAUUAACUAUAUUUGGUGUAGAAGGGGAAUUAGGAAAUGUUUCUUCUUUUUCUGCUGUUGGAAUUGUAUUUCAGCGAGCCUCAUACACUAUAGGAACUAUCGCAUGUCGUUAUACCUUUCUACUGUUCUCUAUACUACAUCUCAUUCGCUUCGUUUAUCGAAAGAGAUACUCAAAGACACUAUAUGAACAGUAUUGGAUGAUGUUACUACAUCUUGCUCUUUACCUUUAUCUUGAUCCAGUCUUCGCUGCUGGCAUUUAUGAUACUAGUGGGAAUACAGUAUAUCGAUUCUUUGAAUUUCGUAUCCCAACUUACUUUGCUGCAUUUUUAAGUUGUUUUAUAUUUGCACUUAUUGUGAUAUCAAUUGACUGGUCUGAAGAUGAUGAUAUGGAAGAUUUACAACCUGAAGAACGACAAGGACUGCUAGUAGAUCAUACAAACCAUUCUCCAGCUGAUGGAACACCUCCAUCUUCUGCAUUACAAGGGCAUGUCAAUGGUUGCUCGGAUAAUCCAUCAUCAUCAUCAUCAUUAAUUAAAGAAAAGGAAAAACAACAACAACAACAACAACAACAACAACAACAUCCAAUGAAUAAUGAAGAAGAUCGUUCCUUCUUGACAAGAGAAGUUUCAUGUUGUGGAUCAUUUGAAACCUCAAGAGGGGUUCGGCCUAUUUAUGCAACUCGUGGUAAUAUUCCAUUAUGGGCGAAAAUGUCUAUGGUGAAUUAUUUAGUGGCUGUAUUAUGCCUUGAUAUUGUCCAAGCUUAUAUAAAAGGAUGGGAUUGGGGAGCAGAGGAGGGUUGUACAGAUUUUGCCUGUUUGUAUAUUCAAUAUUUAAUGUAUGGUGUUAUGCUUCUCUUUAUGGUGACUUGUUGUGUAUUACUUGUUUGGCUUCACCGUAAUCUUGGUAAACGUCCUUACUUGGAAACACGACCACAACAAUUGGCUUGUAGAGUUUUUAUCUUUGUCUUCUCUACCGCAUUGAUUUAUUUUGUGGUCCAGGUGAUUCUUAUAGCCCUUUUAUAUCCUCAAAUUACGGGUGUGGUUUCUUAUCAACCCUUUACACAGAUCUCUCCUGUUAUUGUAUCUACAUUCUUUGUAAAUCACAUGACUUUUGUGUACACAACGACGGUGGCUUCUCGUCGAGUGCCCAUACGGCCGGAUAACCCGCGAUGGCGGCAUGUUUUCUGGUCAAGUGAAUGGUAUCGCUGGCUAGAAUUGCAUGGUGGUAUACUUUACAUUUUUCACAACGAACGACAAGAGAGAAAUUUUAUUUGGUUACAAAAUGAAAAGAAAAUUAGUGCAAUGAAGAAAAAUUCCAACAUGAAAGGGAAUGGUGGUGGUGGUAGUAGUAGUAGGAAUGGGUUUCGGCUUGAAAAGGGAAAAGGUAUGAAUGAUCUUCAUAUAAAGGAAGAUGACAGUAAUAGUAUUACAUCUACCAAUGGAGUAGUAUGUGAUGGUAAGUUAGCUCAUCCCUCAAAUGAGUUUGAAGGUAGUCGUAAUAAUAAUAAUAAUAAUAAUAAUAAUAAUAAUAAUAAUAAUAAUAAUAAAGAACCAUCCUCUGAGGAUUACAAUAGUGAAGAGGAGGAGGAGAAGAGUGAGUAUGAUGAUGAUGACAUUGUUAAUGUAAACAACACUCCAGAAAUGACACAAUCUUCACAUGGAGCAGUGAGAAUAAAAAAUGAAUUGUUAAACUUUCUACAAAAAGCAGAACGACAUUUAAUUGAUCGACCUGCCACUAUUAUUGAACGUCUUGAAGAGGCACUUGUGGAUCCAUUACAAUCUUUAUUAGUACGUGGUUGUGGAAGAAUGCCUUUUUUUAACUUGGAGACGGCAAUUGAUUGUCUAAACUUAUCAUGGGAGGCUUAUGUAGCGGUUGAAGAUAAUGUUAGUGGGGAAUUAUCGCCUAAUAAUAAUAAAGAUAAUAAUAAUAAUAAUAAUAAUAAUAAUAAUAAUAAUAAUAAUAAUAAUAUAAAUUACCCAUUAAGAUAUGUUUCACAGAAGUUAUAUUCUGUGGUGACUUAUUGCGCCCCUUGCUGUCCAUGUCUAAACGAUGAUGAUGAUGAUAGUAAUAAUGAUGAUAAAGAUGUGGAUGAGACUACCAUUACGAGUACAACGAAUACAACAAAUCAUUAUAAUCAUAGUAAUAGUGAUGUGACUGGAGAGUAUAAUAAAGAUAAGAAACUAGAUAAGAAAGAAGUUUCAUCUCUAGUAUCAUCAUCCCCAACCAAACAAAUAAUCCCAGCGCCACCAACACCAACAGUAGCACCAUCCAAACCAAAGUUGAAAAUGAAUACAGAACAAUAUGGAUAUAAUCAAGUGGCAGUAUUUCAAGGACGAGAUGUACAGGUGGUGAUAACUGUAAUGGAUACAACACUUCCCUGUCAUCGCCGUAAACUCCCUCGUCUCGUUAUUGCUUUUAGAGGAACAGAUAAUAUUUCUAAUGCUCGUGAAGAUUUGCGUUUCCGUCAACGCACUUGGCGAGAAGUGGACACUCACCGUCAAUGGGGUCUUGGACAAAAGGCUAAAGUUCAUACUGGAUUCCUCAAUAUAUGGAUCUCUCUUAAGGAAGCCGUCUUGCGUACAUUAAAAGCCUACAUACAAGCACAUCCUAAUGUUUUGUUUAGUAUUUUCUGUACGGGUCAUAGUUUAGGUGGGGCUCUUGCGUGUCUUUGUGCAUAUAGUGUGCGGCGUAUGCUGCGAAUUCUAAAGUAUCCUCUCACUGAAGUAACGGUGUAUACAUUUGGACAACCACCGCUGGGAAACAAGACAUUUCAGGUUGCAUAUGAUAAAUCUAUUCCACGUACCUUUCGUGUGGUGAAUGAAAGUGAUGCGGUGUCUUUAAUCGGCAUGUAUGGCUCUCAUGUUGGUAUUGAAGUGGAUAUUGAUCGUAAUGGGAAUUAUAUUUGUAAGCCAAUGUUUAUUGAACGCCUCUUUCGCCCCACACAAGGGAAAGGAUUUGCAGUGACCAAUCACACACUCGCUGCUUAUGCUGUUUCUCUGAAUGCGGUGGCUUUGCGGAACUCAGGAGGAGCCUGCAAAGUACGCUGUCUAGAGGCGUAUGUACACAAUAAAACUCCACCAACUACAGUAGAUCCACCUCCAUUAACAGAAUUACCGCCAAAAUUGCCCUCAACUUAA